ACACACUUUGACUUCCCAUAAUUCAGUGCGCUCAUAAAGUCUUUCGAGAGGACGUUACGAUAAGGGCACAGCAAAAGACCCAUUAUCUUUGACUGAAGAUGGCUGAUGUUAUUGACGACAAGAUCAAGAACUACAGAACGGCUCCAUUCGAUUCCCGUUUUCCAAACACUAACCAGACAAGAAACUGUUUCCAGAAUUACCUUGACUUCCACAGGUGUAAUAAGGCUUUGUCAAGCAAAGGGCAGGACACUUCUCCCUGCGAAUGGUAUCAGAGAGUCUACAAGAGCCUGUGUCCAAUGAGCUGGGUGGAGAAAUGGAAUGGGCAGUUUGAGGAUGGAAGCUUCCCCGGAAAGAUCUAAAUGGUUGCUGUUAAUUUCAAUUCAAGAGCUCCCAACCUUUUGUAGAGUACCUCAUAAUGUUAUCCCAAUAUGAUGUUGUCUUAGUUAUUGGUUUGCCUGCUGGAGGAUGAAGGGUCAUUCAGAGUGGGCUUUGGAAACCUUCAGUAUUUUGAAGUCCUACAUUAGCAUUUAUCUUUGUCACUCUACAUCCUACUGUUGCAAUUUACAAAAUAAAAAUGCACAAUUUCAUCUAAA